AUGAGACUCUUUAAACCUCUCUUUGCCUCCUUGGCAAUCGCCCAUUCUGUGCUCGGAGCUCAGUCCUUCGCUGGGUCAAAUCUCUACUUCGCUGCUGGCUUGACAUCGGAGCAACAAGAUACACUAUUUAAUGGCCUAGAAAGCGCAGGCGUUAAAGCACUCCGAGUUUGGCUCGAUGGCCAGUCCAAUGAGCAGAAAGGUACCAAGAUCAACACCUUCCCGGGUCUGGAAUCCGACUCGCCUGGUGAUUGGGAUGACACCGUCCUCAAUCGCCUGGAUGAUGUGAUGUACAAUGCCCAUAAGCAUGGAAUAAAGUUGCUUGUUUCGAUUCACAGUUACAAUGCACUGUCCUCCGACGCCGAUUUCUACGGAAAGUGGUAUGGUACUGGCGACUUCUAUACCAACGGCGACGCGAUGCAGUACUUUAAAAACCGAAUUGCUCAUGUUAUGGCUCAUGUGAAUCCUCAUAAUGGGAAGACAUGGGCGGAGAGUUCGGAAUAUAUUUUUGGUUUCGAGGCUCAGAAUGAGGCAAUGCACGACAACGUGAGUGUCCAUUUUCAUGGCAAAUAUAUCACCUCCGCGAUACCUUUGAAGGCUGAUGAAGAACUUCAGGGAAACCCCACUGCUUUGGCAACUUGGCAGUGUUCAAUGGCCGAAGCGAUCAAAAAUAAUCUGAACGGAAGUACUGGCAUUCUCGUAACGACCGGCGGCGGUGCCUAUCUGGCUACUUCACUGUUAGACUCCUACUUUUCUUGCAAGGCCUUGGAUGUCCUAGCCAUCCACGCCUACGGAACUGGUGACUUCGCUACUGAUGCAUUGACACCAUACGUUUCCAAGGCACAGAAAAGUGGCCAGAAGCUUAUCAUGGAGGAAUGGGGUGCUUGCUAUUUCGACUCUGAGAACAAUCGCUGCAGCAUCUCCGAUCCACUUUCUUCGGGGACUCGUGAUAACAAUAUCAAGUCAUGGGCUGAUAGUAUCAGUGCAGCUGGUAUUCCUUGGUUCUAUUGGCAGGUUCUACCCAAUGAGGAUCCUCAUUCAGAUUGGGAUUAUGAGAUUGGUAUUGGUGGUGUCAACUGGGAUGCUUUGAAGGAUGCGGCUGCAAAUACUGCCAGCUAUGAAUCGGCUUUUGACUUUUCGGAAUGGUUGCUGUAA